UGGCUGGAGCUGUGGGGACUGGGAGGGGUUUGGAGCAGCGGCUGCAAAGCAGGGUUCGCGCUGCCUGUUUUCACGGCCGCAGCAGCUCCGCCGGAGAGAAGGUGGGACUCGCUCUCCUGCCCCAGGGGGUCGGGACUCCGCUCGCCAGGAAAAGUUGUUCUCUUUCCUGUAUCCCAUUGAAGACGAGAGCAGGUGAAAGAGGAAGACGUCCCUGUGGAGAACUGAGAGGUCUCAUUUGUGCUCCAACUUUUACUCACUCUGAGAGAGACCUGCUGAGCCGGGAAGAUGCGUGAGUACACGGAGAAGAAGGAGACGUGCGGCACUAUCUGCCUCAAAUACCUGCUCUUCAUCUUUAACUUCUUCUUCUGGCUGGCAGGUGGGGCGGUGAUGGCGGUGGGUAUCUGGACUCUGGCCGAGAAGAGUGACUACAUCAGUCUCCUGUCCUCCAACACGUACAUGGCGACCGCCUACAUCCUGGUGGUGGCGGGGAUCGUCGUCAUGAUUACCGGGAUCCUCGGGUGCUGCGCCACCUUCAAAGAGCGGCGGAACCUGCUGAGAGUGUACUUCAUAUUGCUGCUGUGCAUUUUCCUGCUUGAGAUCAUUGCUGGAAUCCUGGCCUAUAUCUACUACCAACAGCUGAGUAUGGAGCUGAAGCAAAACCUGAAGGACACCAUGACCCAGAAGUAUAGGAAGGAGGGAGAGGAGGGCGUGACCAGCGCGGUGGACAAACUGCAGCAGGAGUUCAAGUGUUGCGGCAGCAAUAAUGCUACAGACUGGAGUGAGAGCAUCUGGAUCAAAUCCGCGGAGGCCGGAGGGCGGAAAUUCCCAGACAGCUGUUGUAAGACGAUAACAGAAGCGUGUGGCCGGAGAGACCAUCCUUCCAACAUCUACAAGGAGGGUGGCUGCAUCACUAAGCUGGAAAACUUCAUCCAGGAACACCUGAAAAUUAUUGGAGCGGUGGGGAUUGGCAUUGCUUGUGUUCAGAUCUUUGGAAUGAUCUUCACCUGCUGCUUGUACAAGAGUUUAAAGUCAGAACCAUAUUAGGAGCACCAGGAAAUCCAUCAGCUCCCCCUCUACCACCACCCGCAAUGUCUGUCAACCCCACCAGCUUCUACCCAGCAGCAAAGAAACAUCAGUAACUCGAGGACUUGCCUUCCUUAUGAAGUGACUCUUGGAUCAUCCAGCACCUACCCUGCCUCUGCCAGAGAAGGCCACCCUCCUUGAGGUGGCACAGGACGGCCAGGAGUUCAGGGGGUUCCCUGUGUGUUCUAGAGCAAUUGAACUGCAGAUUCCACUCUGCUAGAAGCUUUAACAAACCAGGCCCAUGUUGCAACCUGAAAGAGAAAUCAUCCAAGCCCAUUGGGGCCCAGCCGUUGAGGUAUCGGGAUUCCACACAAGAACAAUGGUUCGCUCUGGCUGAUAGACCACUCAGCAGCCUGUGCACCGACCAUGAGGACAGAUGAUGUCUCUGUGCUGGGUGGGAGCCCACAUCAAUUCUCACAUCCAGAAGGUUCCCCUUAGGCCGUGCCCAUGCCCUAACAGAGCUAUAUUCCAUCUAUACCUGCUCUUGUCAGUUGCUGCCGUCACCUCUCUCCAUCUCCCCAGCAGGAGGGUGACCUGCCAGAACUCUGAUCUUGCCCGAGGUGUGGCCGGCUGGGGUUACCUUGCCCCUUCUUCCUCGAAGCCUCCAUCCCACUCAGAGCCCAUUGCAGAAACAGGGGCUCUUUGCCUUCAGUGACUGGAGAGGGAGUGUUCAAUCAUUUUCUGACUCUCUGCGACUUAUAUUUUAUUUAGUGGUUUCCAGUGUAAAUGGGAAAAAUUAACUUGUCCCCCCUCCUGCUCCUUGUCUGACAGGCCCUAUAGUGGGCCAUGAGGGGAAUGUGUUGUACCUUGCCACAUAUGGGUGUUUAAAUCCUUUGCCCUUUCAGUUGCCGGAAUGGCCUACUGAAACACCACUCCCCAGAGACACCCUCUCAUGUGACGAGAUACUCCCCAGCCGUAUGAAUUAAUUCCUGCCCAAGAGAGACAGGUGUGGAGGCUGCAAAGGAAAUGCACUAAGGAUUUUGUACAGGCCUCCCUGGAUCUCAUUAAUCAGUUAGGCACUCUGGCUCUAAUUAAACCUGUAACCCUGCUUUCUCAUUCCUCUCACCCAGUAACCUGCAGGGUCAGCUUCAUCUGACUGCAAAAUAGACUUGGUAAAUUGGUAGUACCAUGGGAUGCUAGUUAACUGUCUGGUUAGUGUAAAUGCAUCGUGACUUCACUAGAAUCCGUGACACUUUUCAGGGGAAACGAUGUCUGUUGCCAACAUAGUCUCUCCCUAUGGCUGUGAACCAUGGUGCCAGCUGGGUGCUAGCUUGAAUUCCUGGCAGCUGCCCAGGGAUGUUGUUCUGAAUCGCCGAUGUUCCAUCGGUGCUUCCAAAGGCUAGACCCGGCACACGGACACCUGGCAGGCUUUGCUUGGUGCAGCUGUGAAAUUUACAUAGCACCUUUAGAGACGCAUGGGUGAAAAUUGGGUCCUCGAAUGCCCAAACUGGUAAUUAGCUCUGAAGUGAAACUAAAUCAGGAUUGGAUGCCUUUCUAAAAAAAAAUGUGCUGAAGCUCAACCUUCAGAGAUGGGUUCGAUGCAGGAGUGCUUCCCAUCAUAAGCACUGUCAGUAACCCCCUUCCAUCCCAGGCAUUCACGCUACACACCCAGCACAGCAUCCUAUGCACGGGGACCCCUGCUCCAAACGAUUUACUACGCCACCCAGCACAGCAACAGAUUCAUGGCAUUCCCUGGAGCUGGAUUCUAUACCCUUCCAUGCUCUGAUUAAGUUUUACUUCACAGAGAUCUCUGUGGUCCUGGUGCUGGAGGGGAGAAAUCACAAGCUACUAAGGCAUGUAAUUUACCCUUGAUGAUCAGCAACUGCAAAUCCCGUCCCCCA